AUGGUUGAACAGGCAAAGGGCUUGUUCGCAGAAUGCGUCUUUGCCUUCGUGCCGAGCGCUCACUUAGCUCCUAAAGAAAUCAGCGAGUACGCUGGGAUCGUGGAGGGCCGCGGCGGAACCGUUCUCGACCCCAGACGCGAUGGCUCCCUCAGACUCGAAACGGUUUCUCACAUCAUCUCCAACACAAUCGACUUUGCCCAGUUCACCGAAACCCAGGCCUUCAUGAUCCCAGUCGUCAAUACCGACUGGAUCAAGGCAUCAGUCAGGAAAAACAAGCAGGCACAGGUCCGGCCAUUUUCCCCCGAUCCGCGCAUGUUCUUUUCCAAGGUCAUGCUUACAACUGCUGGCCUGCCCGAAAUCGACAAGGAGACCAUUAUUGGCGCCACGUUGGCCAUGGGCGGCAUGGAAAGCGCCGAAGUCACACGACAGACCACUCAUAUCUGCGCUCUGUCUAUAGAAGAUCCCAAGUGUGUCAUCGCCAAGGAAAAAGACCUCAAAUGCAAGGUCAUUCUACCCCACUGGUUCGAAGAUUGCUUCAAGCUUGGCAAACGAAUCCCCGAAGAUCCUUAUAUGCUCCCCGAUCCCGAAAUCCUUCGCCGCCCCGAGAAUCAGGGCGAGGUGCAAAUUCCUACAUACCACCAACUCGAGGGAGCGACCUCUACCAGUCCCAACUACGUCAGUGAUGCCCCUCGCAAAUCGGCCACAAUAUUUCGGGACAAGAAAGUCAUGCUUUCAUGGGACCUCAGCGUCACCCCACGGUCGCUGGAAGUUGUCAAGCAACUUGUUGUUAACGGCGGUGGCAAAGUGGUCGACCAUGUUGACGAUUGCGACUACUUCAUUUGCCAGUAUCGUGACGGCGAACAGUACAUCAAGGCUGCGCAGUCAGGAAAGGAUAUCGGCAAUCUCUCGUGGCUUUACCACCUCAUUACGCACAAUGAGUGGACGUCCCCGCUUCGCCGCCUACUCCACUACCCAGUUCCCAGAAACGGCAUUCCUGGAUUCCAAGAUCUCAAGAUCUGUCUCUCCAACUACGGUGGCGAUGCUCGCAUAUAUCUUGAAAACCUGAUCAAGACGACCGGCGCUACCUACACCAAGACGAUGAAGGCCGAGAAUACGCACCUCAUCACAGCAAGGAGCAGCAGCGAGAAGUACGAAGCGGCCAAGGACUGGAAUAUCGAGACGGUCAACCACCUGUGGAUUGAAGAGAGCUACGCCAAGUGUGAGAUGCAGAGAGUCACCGUCCCCAAGUAUUCCCACUUUCCUGUUCGCACGAAUCUGGGUGAGAUAAUUGGUCAGACCUUCUUCGAUGAGUACUGCUUGCGAGAAACAUACUACCCCGGUGGUGAGGAGGGGUUGUCGCCCCAAGCGGCAAGAAAGCGCAAGAUUCUCGAGGCUGCGCAGGAGAACUCAUACUUGCAUGGGCCUGCUGAGGGCGUUGUGAUUGGCAGGCAAGAGGAUAAAAGUCAAGAGGCCAUCGACGACAGUUUCAUGACCCCUGUACGCCCCAGAAAAGGCAGCCGCGGAAAGGAGAACGAGACGCCCUCGGAAAUGUCGACCGGAAGCCGAAGCGCCAAGAGCAAGGCUCUCACCAACCUACAACGCAUCGCUCCCGAUAUUGCAUUGUACGAAAAGGAGAAGAAACGUAGCAAGGAUAAGCAGGGUCCAUGGGGUGGUAAACGUGCUGCCGAUCAAAUUGACAGGGAAAGAGGACGCACAACGAGUCCACCACAGGCCAUGGAAGUGGACGAGGAGGAUGGAGAUCAAAGGCCAUCCAAGAAACGAAGAUCGUUACGUCCAGAGGUCGAGAUGAGAAUUGUGCUGACGGGCUUCACGAGAUGGGUCAAUGCGAAGUCCAAGGAGGAUGCGGAGAGGCGAAAACUUCGCGACAUGGGAAUCCUCAUAGUACAAGACGACAAGCCAUGCGACUAUCUCGUCGCCCCCCAUAUGGUACGGACAGUCAAGUUCCUCAAAACUUUGGCCAAGGGGCCUACCGUCCUUUCAUCCAACUUCAUUGACGAGGCACUCGAAAGGGGUGAGGCCCCCGACCCAGACGACUUUCUCCUUAACGACGAGGAAAGCGAAACCAAGUUUGGCGUCAAGCUCGAGACGGCCGUUUCGCGUGCGAGAGCGAAUCUCGGCAAGCUGUUGUGGACUGUACCCGUGUACUGUACGGCCAACAUCUUGAACGGACCCGACAGCUACAAAGCCAUUGCCGAGGCCAACGGAGCAAUGUUCAAGCUGUACCGCGCGCGCAGCGGCACGACCAUCAAGCCAACGACGGAAGAGGAGGACGGAGGCGCGCCACCAGAGCCCGUCUAUCUCCUCAGCUCCAACAGCGCCGACGAGCGGUCCCUCUGGCCCAAGUUUGAGGAAAUGGCGCGCAAGGGCCACAUGGAGCCUCGCAUCGUCGCAGCCGACUGGCUAUUGGAUGUUGCUAUGAAGCAGCAAGUAUCCUUUGAUGAGAAGUACCUCGCCCGGAUCUUCUUUCGCACCGGCCUAUGA